AUGAACGAAGAAUUAUUCACAAAUACUCCACCAGAGUUGCACGAACAAGCUAAGAAUAUUUCCAAUGAUUUGUUACCUAGAAAAUCAAGAGAACGUUACACAAAGUGCUACGAAUUAUUUAAUACCUGGAGGAAAAUUAAAAAAGCCAAAAACUUAACGGAAAAUGUAUUACUUGCUUAUUUAUUGGAAAGGUCAAAGACGUUUGGGAAUAUUUGCGAAAAGGAUUAUUCACGAAAAGGACGUAUCACAUCUUUAAAAAAUCAUUUGAAGUCGAAGCACACGAAAAUGUUUGAAGAGUUAGAAAAACGUAUAGCUGAAAAUGCCGAACAGGGCCAGCCAGCCUGUAGUACAUCUACAGACACAGGUUCAAAUACAAAACAACUUUCUUUACAAGAAUAUUUAACGAAGAAUGUAUGUUGGGAUUUAUCAUAUCCAAAAUCCAAAGAGACGGAUCGACUAAUAGGCGAAAUGAUUGCUUUGGAAGACUUGCCAUUCAACUUCGUUGAAGGAGUUGGUUUUCGGCGAUUGAUCAAUACAAUACUUCCACGAUAUAAAUUGAGGGGCCGUCAGUUUUUUACGUCGCUUCUUAGUUACUUCAUUAGUUUGGUUUGGUGGAACAGCACAUUUUACAUGUUGGAGCGUUUUGUUAAAAUAAAGGAUUCUUUACUUUUAUACUUAUCUACAAAACAAUUUGUAUCAUUUUCUCCAGAUGAUUUGUCAACUGUUGACCUGUUGUUAAAAUUGUUGGCACCUUUCGAAGAACUUACUAAAGAAUUGAGUAACUCGAAGAACAGCAUUUCUAUGGUUAUACCACUUACGCACGUUAUCCUGACAACAUUAAAAGCUGCGAAAGAUAACCAGAAUACGCCAGAAAAAGUCAAAGCACUUUUCGUUAAAGUUAUACGAGAAAUAAGUGAAAGAUUUGGCGAUUUAAAUAAAAAUUUGCUAUGUUCGGUUUCUACAAAGAGAAGAAGUCAAAGCCAUAUAGUUAAUUUGUGUCAAAAUCAAACGAUCCAUGAAAAUAAAGAUUGUAGUGCGAUACAUAAGAAAAGAAAAAUUGAUAAUCAAAUUGCUACUAGUUCUAGCAGUUGUUCAAUGCUACUACAGUCAGUACAAUCCAUUCUAAGUUCAAGCGAAAGUGAGGCAGAAUAUGACCAAUUAACAACACUGAAGCUUGUGCUCCAAAAUUACGUUAAAGAAAGAAGGCUGUCUUUAGAAGAAGAUCCGUUGAUGUGGUGGCGACAGAAUGGGUACAAAUAUAUUGUUUUAUUGCCGAUUGUUCGCCAAUAUUUAUCAACGCCACCAAGCAGCUUUACCAGUGAACAGCUAUUUAGUGGAGCAUCCUUAAUAUAUGAAAAGGCAUCAAAAUUGCUUUUUUUUAAAUAUAACUUGCCUGUAAUAAAUUACGAAUGCGAACAGCGUAAAAAAAAACAUAUUAACCAAUUUGAAAACCUAAAGUUGUCAUCGCUUGAAAUUAAAGAUGGCUUUGGAAAAAAUUUAUUUGUAGCAUGAAUCAUAGUAUUCAUCAAUCCAUUUCAUUUGAUACCUGGCUCGUGAAAAUCGGAU